GGCCCAGAGUAUCAUUCAAUGGGGCAGCAUCAAACCAUGGACAUUCAUUUCUAUUUUACUCGCACUAGCGAAGUCUAGAGCUCACUUCAAAAUUUGAUCCGUCAUCGGCAAAUUCAUCACGGAAGACACGAUGUGGAACAAGUUCGUGAUCCUCUUCAUCCUUCUACCCAGUGUUACGACAGGAAGUAACUUCAGCCUGCAGUCGUUCGCGACCAAAACCAAGUAUUGGGACCAACGCGAGUCGGCACUCCCUUCGGCGUUGCAAUCAGAGUCAGUAAUCCAGAGAUCGGAGCUGGAGCUGGUACAGCUCCAGCAGGUUAACCGUCACGGAAGUAGAUUCCCCAGCAAGGGUAACAUGGGAGAAAUCGCCGAUCUGUUGAGCAAACUCCAGACGAACUAUUUGAGCCUUAUCCCAGACUGGCUCAAGAAUUACUCGCUGCCGUACACCCAGACGAAUGCAGGCGAGCUAGCACCUGUUGGUUUCGCAGAGCUAGCAGGGCACGGAUCGCGUUCUCGAAACUCGGUCAUGGAUUCUAUUCCAGUGACCUACAAUGCCAGUCUGUUCAAGAUCGCACACACUUCAUCAGCGCGCACUGCUGACAGCGCUAAGGCGUUUGCCAGCACAUUUUUCAGCAACCCAGACGACGUGGAGUACAUCGAGUAUCCCGACGGAAGUGAUCCACUGCUUCGCUUCUUCGACGAGUGUGAACGGUACAACGCCGAAGUCCUGGACAACGCAAGUGCUCUCACGGAAUUUGGUGCAUUCCAAACUUCUGUCAAGAUGAACGAGAGCAUUGCAUUCUUGAAGUCCCAGUUGAGUCUACCUAGUGACGCUGACCUGAGCGCCACUGAUGCGGCAUCUGUUUUCUCUGCUUGCGCCUUCGACGCCAUGCUCUACAACGUCACCAGCCAAUGGUGCUCCCUCGUCGAUCAAGCCUUCUUGAACCACCUGGAGUACUCCGACGAACUGGAAACUUUCUAUGAGCAAGGUCCUGGGUACAAGAUCAACUACGAAAUCUCCGCCGUGCUUCUUCAAAACAUUUACGCCUACAUGAAAAACUUCACUACUGGUGACGUUACAACCGUUGCUAAUUUACGCUUCGCACAUGCUGAAACCACUCUGCCACUCAUGACACUACUCGGUUACGGAGAUCGCACAAAGCUCCAAGCGUCGUGGACUGACGCGCAGAUUGACUCGAGAGGCUUCCGUUCAUCAUCACUUGCUCCAAUGGCUUCUAAUAUUGAUUUCCGUCUGUACCGCAGCAAAUCGGACCAAAAGUACUACGUAUCGGUGUGGGUCCAGGAAGUGGAAGCCCCACUACCAGGAUGUGACGGUGCGAUUUAUUGCGAAUUCUCACUGGUGGAGAAGAUCUGGAGCUACUACCUGAACGACUACAACUUCGAGAUCGAGUGUGCUUUGUAGAUAGAUACACAAGUUGGCACCGAAAUUGAUGUGAUAGUUUGUCUGCUAAAAAUAAAUGUUGCAUUUAAAAAUAUUUGAAAACGAC